UUGAAAGCCACUGACAAUGAAUUGGUGACUUUCAGCUCAUUAAGUUGAAGGACAAAAUGUCAAAAGCUUGUGUUAAAAAAAAUAUAGGAAUUAGGAAGAAAGAGAGAAAAUUGAAAUCAAGCUUCCUUCUGGAAAGGGUGGUUUAAAAAAUGAAGGUUGAUGGAGAAAAGGAGUUCAACUGAUGUAGAAUGAAUAAAAGAUUCAAAGGGUAUUUGAAAAUGAAUUUCCUUCUGGAAGCUGAGUUAAGGCGAUUUUGAUGUGGAGAGAGACAAGGGGACUGCUGAGAGAUAGAGUAGAUGGAAGUGGGAAGAAUGUUCAAAAGCCAGAACGGAAAACCAUUUGUUGUAUAUAAUCUUAUUUUGUACCCGAAGUCAACUCAGUAGCAUUUCCCUAAAGAUGCGCUGAGGUGUAGAUAAAAUAAAGCGUGUCAUAGCAAAAGCUGCAUUCCUCUACCAAUUUGGUGUGAUGGAAAGUGUUUUUGCUAUCAUCUUCCUCUUCUCCAACUUGCUGUUGCUUCCUUAUCCCUCCUUUUCUUUUCCUUUAUGUACAAAUUCCCGGGCACCUCUCACCUUGAACACCACGCUCAAAUUUUGUUCCUACAAUGGAAGUAGCUGUUGCAACUCCACAGAAGAUUCACAAUUGCAGAGGCAAUUUCAAGCAAUGAAUAUCUCUCAUCCCAGCUGUGCCUCACUUCUGCAAUCAGUUCUCUGUGCAAGAUGUGAUCCAUUUUCAGCAAAGUUAUUUACAAUCGAUUCUGUGACCCGACCAGUGCCUCUCCUCUGCAACUCUACUGUUUCAACAAAUUCAUCUCAGUCUAACCAAGCAACAAAUGAUUUCUGCUCUCAAGUAUGGGAUACAUGUCAAAAUGUAUCUAUACUAAAUUCCCCCUUUGCACCUUCAUUACAAGGGCAAGCUGGAGCACCAGUCAAUUCAAAUUUCACCAAACUGACUGAACUUUGGCAGUCAAAAAUUGAUUUCUGCAAUGCAUUUGGUGGAGCAUCUACUGAUGCAUCAGUUUGCUAUGAUGGCAAACCUGUUACACUAAAUGAGACUGGAACUCCUAGUCCUCCACAUGGCUUAUGCCUUGAGAAAAUCGGGAAUGGAAGUUACCUAAAUAUGGUUGCUCACCCAGAUGGGUCAAACCGUGCAUUCUUCUCCAAUCAACAAGGUAAGAUUUGGUUGGCGACUAUUCCUGAAGUGGGAUUGGGAGGAACAUUGGAGCUUGAUGAAUCCAACCCCUUUAUAGAUCUUACUGAUGAAGUUCAUUUUGACACUGCAUUUGGGAUGAUGGGUAUUGCAUUUCAUCCAAACUUUGCACAGAAUGGCCGAUUCUUUGCCUCAUUCAAUUGUGAUAAGGGUAAAUCGCCAGGAUGUACAGGAAGAUGUUCAUGUAAUUCCGAUGUUAACUGUGAUCCUUCAAAACUACCUACAGACAAUGGUGCACAGCCAUGCCAGUAUCAAAGUGUUAUUGCAGAAUAUACUGCCAAUGGUACCGGAUCCCAGCCUUCCUCGGCAAAAACUGCUAAAUCAUUAGAAGUGAGAAGGAUAUUCACUAUGGGCCUUCCCUUUACUUCUCAACAUGGUGGACAGAUACUUUUUGGACCUACAGAUGGGUAUUUAUAUUUUAUGAUGGGGGAUGGUGGUGGUGAUGGUGAUCCCUACAAUUUUGCUCAAAACAAGAAAUCAGUGCUUGGAAAAAUCAUGAGGCUUGAUGUAGAUGAUAUACCAAGUGUUUGCCACUCAUUUCAACUGACAGCUCAAUAUGUGGUUCCAGGUGCAGCAGAAAUUAAUAGACUUGGUCUAUGGGGAAACUACUCUAUCCCCAAAGACAACCCAUUUAGCCAAGAUGAAGAAUUGCUGCCUGAAAUAUGGGUGUUAGGAUUGAGAAAUCCUUGGCGUUGCAGUUUUGACUUGGAGAGACCUUCCUAUUUUAUGUGUGGGGAUGUUGGCGAGGAUUUGUAUGAAGAGGUCGACAUCAUCAGCAAGGGUGGAAAUUAUGGUUGGCGUGUGUAUGAGGGCCCAUAUCCUUUUAAUCCUACAUCGUCACCUGGAGGGAAUACAUCUAUAAAUUCCAUAAGCCCCAUUUUGCCAGUUAUGGGAUAUAACCACUCUGAAGUAAACAAGAACGUAGGAUCAGCCUCAAUUAUAGGAGGUUACUUUUACAGGUCCAACACCGAUCCUUGUAUGUAUGGGAGGUACUUGUAUGCAGAUUUGUAUUCUGGUGCUCUAUGGGCCGCAACAGAAGAUCCAGGAAAUAGCGGCAACUUUUCGACAAGCACUAUUCCUUUUGGGUGUGCAAGAAAGUCUCCUAUACAAUGCAGCACCGUGCCGGAUAGUGCUCUUGCAGCGUUGGGUUACAUUUACUCAUUUGGGCAGGACAAUAGUAAAGAUAUUUACUUGCUAACCAGCAGCGGAGUUUACAGAGUUGUCCCUCCAAGUCGAUGCAGUUACACUUGCUCCAAGGAAAAUGUUACCGCAGUCGAAAGUCCAAGUCCUACUACUUCACCACCAUCACAUGCAAACCAGUUGCAUCCGGCAUUCCUAUUAUCUGCUUUGUUGCUGCUUUUGUAUAACCUUUCCUAACGCCAUUAGUAUGUUCUGGUGAGAGUAGAGACUAGAAAGGUUACUUUUUCUGUGUCUUUGUUAUUGUUUUUCUGGGUUAAUAAAAGAGAUGUAAUUUUGGUUGCUUUAAGAUUCUCUUCUGGGAUUUCGGAACCCCAA